AUGGCACCUAUCAGCCACGGCAAAUUCUCUUACGACGGGGACACAUUCUACGUCGAAGCCUCCGGCAAUAUCCAUCGACGGGCGAUACCUGCAGAGCUGAGAGCACUUUUCGACGCCUCCAUUCCGGAUAGAAACCAGAGGCUCGGUCAUCCAGCCCACUGGUAUGAAGCACAACUCCUCCACUAUGGCCUCUCGCCGUCCAAAGUCAAAGCAACAGCACAGAUGAGAUUGUUAGAUGCCAUACAAGAUGGACUUCUAGAGGUCCCUAUCGAGUUGGUUCAGAUGGAGAAGAGACUCAAGAGAGAAUGGAAAAAACAAGAGGAAGCGGCACACAUGCUCCCACUAGGGCUGCCUAUCCUUGAUACCACAAUCACCACGACAACAAAGACAAUCAUCCCGGAUCCACUCGUCUUUUCAUCUUCUGUUCCAAGCAAAAGAGGUCGGGAUAUGGAAGAUUGUGGGGAGAAAGAGAGAGUAUCUGUCAAACAAACUGCCCGACGUCCUGGCCUGGGGAGGUCCAGUCUACAAUCCAAUAUUCCUCCGUCUACUAGCUCUCAGUCUCAAGAGAAGCAAGAACCAGAGCUUGCAAACCAAGCAAGACGAAGACAUGCUACUGGAAAUACAGUCCCUCGGUUGCAGACUGCCAGGAAGGGGACGGUUUCAACCGCAGAAGCUCUACGUGAAGUCAGUGAAAGCAAUGAUCUGAGCGGCCGGAUUGGCCGAGUUGGAAUCCAGUCCUCAACUAGCUCUUCUAGGGGUGACCGUGAAGUGCAUGAUUAUGACGAUACCUACGAUGAGGAGUACUAUGGCGAUUCUUCGGAUUCCUUCGAUGAUUACGAUUCCCCUGAAAGCAAUCUACCUUCUAAUACUACCGAAAUGGACGAUCCUUUCCAUAAUUUUUACCAUUCCAGCGCAUCUAACACAUUGGGCGCAAGAUCAUCGAGUGUUAGUUAUGCGGACCUCCAUGGACCUCCACCGACCUAUGACCAGCUGUUCGGAUCUCAACCCCCACAGCGAUGCCUAGGUCUAUUGAAUGGAGAAUACGAAAUUUCUUCCAACGAGCCUGCGGGCAAUCUUAUUCACCGCAACGGCGUCAGAGUCCAACCAAAGAUAUGUCUCACAUUGAACUGGGACGAAAUGUGGGGAUCGAUCGAGCUUGGGAUCCUUGAAGGCAUAAUUUGGAUUGCAAAACGCCCCAAGAAGGCUUCUGAAGAGAAGAUCGCCUUUGAAUGGUAUGGCAGGGCUUCUGAGCAGCUCUUCGUUGGGCGCGAGAACUCGGGUUGGAUUCGAUUUCUGGGCGAUGGACAGAUCGAAGGGGAGAUCUCAUGUUUUCGUCGAUACACCUUUGUAGGUCAGCGAAUCAGUGGAGAAGAUGCAAGCCCACCUCGGAAGGCGCGUGAUUUGCGAGCGGAAUGGGAAUGGUUUAGGAAUGAAGUGCAUCCGGCAUGA